AUGCAGGAGGUUUGCGAUGAAGAGGCGCAAGCGGACGAAACGUCAGACCGAGAUGAUGCCACCCUCGAUCAGGCACCCUCCAUUCAUUCGUCUCUCGAAACUAGUAUGCCAUCUCUAGCCGAUGUUUCCCUGCAAACAGGACAAAGUCUGUUAGCAGACAUCGUCGAGAAACCGCAACAACUGACGAAACAAACGUCAACAAAUAAAAUGCCAGGUUCAACAGAAUGUCACUCUUUGACCACGCAAACCAUGGACAUAACACAGCCUAACAUCGAAAACAUUCAAACCCAAGAAACAAUAAAGAUUCUAAAAACCACAGAAGGUGAUCACGAUGUGAUCGAGAUAGCCACGAAGAAUGUACCGUCCGCUUCCACCCAGGAAAUCGAUCAGGAACAUGCUGAGGCGACAGCAGAGGACAUCGUCGUUGAUAUGAAAUAUCAAGAUCCCGCGAACACUGACAAUACCACCAGUGAGUUAAACAUCGUUCACGCUGCUCCACAAUCGUUCGAAACUGUCCUGGUCGAACCAGAUGACGUGACCACCGAAGUGGUAGUAGACGAAGAUGGUUCGAAGAGGAUAAUAGUAAGAAAAUUGAGACGAACCACGAUGACUAGUAGACAAACCACUCAACAACACUUAUCAUCCACGUCCACGGCGAUCGGAGACGCUCCAUCCGUGGUGCAAGCUUUCUCAGAGGCUACUAUGAAGGAUCAACAGGUCACGGUGACUACUACGAAGCCAGAUGGUACGAUAGAAACCACGACGAAACAGAUCCAUGGCGGAAAAGUAACUACUGGCACUCCUUAUAAAGAUGUAAAGGUGGAGGAAUACGAAUUAGCGCCGCAGUAUACGCACAUGGUGACCCAAGGUCACGUUCGAGACAUCAGUCCACAACCUUUCGAGGAGGGACUGCUGAUGGAAAGUGGAGAAUAUCGGGCGCAAACGUCGAGCGUGCACGCUGUGGUACAGCAAGUUACUAGAAGAGUGAUUCGAAAGACUAGGAGGAUUAUUAGGAAAGUUACGAUUGUGGAUGGUAAAGAGACUGCUACCGAGGAGAUCAUAGAAGAGCCCGAAGAAGUGGAGAUCGAUGAGAAGAAUAUUCCGCAUAUUAGCAUCAACGUUAUUAAACAAGAGGAACAGAGACAGUUUGGAAGUGAUGGAGCAGCAGGUGAAGAGAAGACACCAGAACGCGUUUUGGUUGAAGAAGUCACUGAUAAGGAAGAGAAAGAUUUGAAAGUAGAAAAGAUCGUGACCGAUGACACACCCAUGCAAGGACCGUUCUUUGGGGCAUUUGCUAAAGACAUGCACCCCAGCACGGUAUAUAUAGAACCAGAACCAUUGGAAGAAAAGCCAUUAAUUGAUAUCAAAAAAGAUGUUCCAGUAACCGAGAAGAAGGAAGAAAAAGUUGUAGACGUAGCUAUUCCAACAGAGAAGACUUUGGAGAGUCAAGUGGAACCUUCGAUAGUGGAUAUUCGAAAGGAACAAUCUCCACGAACUCCUGAAGAAUCUUUAUCACAAAUUCACCUUGAUGACAAGAGCUCAAAAUUGGAAUUCGUUGAAAAGAAACCUGAACUAGUGGACAAGUACGAGCAGGAGCACUUCCUGGUCGAGGUAAAAGAUAAAAAGUUGCUUCCGUUAGCCAGCCAGGCGUUCAUCGAUGCUGAAGUAUCUGCUGCAUUGCAGAGUCCAAUCGGAGAGAUCAAGAUAUACGAGACACAGGUACAGCAAGAGUUAGCGAAGUCUUCGAUCGAGUCGAUCGUAUCGGACGACAUCACUAAAGCGACCUGUAAGUCUGUCGAUGCACCAGUAAGCAGAGAAACACCCGGUAUCGAGCUAGAAGGUCGCACGGUAGAUGUAGAAAAGCACGAUGACACUAUAGGCACCGUAGAUGUACUAGAGGAAAAGCCAUCGAUCGAAACGGCGACAACAGGAGCACCAGAAUCGUCGGUAGAAUUUGCAUCAACGGAACUACAAAAGAUAGUUGACGUUUCAGAAGUGCAACCUACACAGAUCGAAGGGGCAGUUUCGACGAUUCCAUCGACGGAGUUCGAGAGGCACGACGAACCAGACAUUUUACCUAUACACGUGAAACAGCAGAUAGUGAAGAACUCGUUCAUUCCUGAGAUCGAUUAUUCGGUUGACGACUACAUGGACGAAGCACUGAAACCGGAAUACAAACCGAUCUUCCAUAAAGUGGAGAUAUCUCUGGCUGUGAAGAAGGACGGUGAAGAGAUGCAGCCUACGGUGGAGGUGAAGAGUCAGACUGAACCGGAAGCAGCUCCUCAUCGUAUAGUGAAAGAAGACGUCAACAUCAGUUUACCUGCAGACAAAGAGAGCAAAUUAGUUAUUCACGACAAGAUUGUACAAACUUCUCCACCGGUUGCUGAGCCUACGAUUGUCAGCUUGGACAAGUAUGUCGGUCUUUCAGAAAGACCAAUGAUUACCUCGGAUAAGUUUACUAUUACAUCGGAGAAAGAGGAAACUGACAAGUCUGUUAUCUAUUCGGAAAAGGAAGGAACUUCUGACAACGUGAUUACGUCAGAGAAAGAAGACGAGUGCCUGACUGAACCUGCGAUAGAACCCGAAGAAGAAAAAUUUGUACCGUUGGUUGAGAAGAUCGAAGAAGAGAUUAAGUCAUCUAUGUCGUCCAUGGAGACGAAAUCGAGCGCUUCUCUGGUAUCAAAUAUUGCAGAGUCUAUAGAGAUCGAUGUCGCAUUAUCUGAUUCUUCGAAACAUAUUAGCGAAGCGCCACAGCCUGAUAUCACGAAGAUGUUCGAAUCCAAGGAACUAGAGACGUUGCCGAAAGACGAAACAUCGGAAGGAGAAGACGGUUAUGAGGCGGAUAGAACGAUGAUAUCGACGACAACGCCGGAUGACGAGAGUGUGAUGAGGAUGAAAAAGAAGAAGAAGAGGAAGCAAAGAAUACGAAGUUUCAAGGACGAAGAGCAAACGGAAUUCCCAGAGACUAGCUCUGACGAUGAAGAAUUCACGGAUGAUCUGGCGCCGAUGGAGAGCGAGUAUGCGAAAGCCACGAAGAAGAAAAAGAAGAAAAAGAAGCGUGCAGACGUUGACGUGGGUAAAGACAAAGCUCCAGUCGUCACAUCGAACGAGGCAGACACACAGACUGUUCCUCAAGCGUCCAACGUUUCUGUUUCUACGUCGCCAAAGCAAAAAGAGAUAUCAGAAAUUUAUAUUCAAACCUCGCCGCAUUUAUUAGAAGAGACCAAGACACCAGAAAUCGUAAAAGUUCACGAAGAAGCGCAAACUUCUUCAAUUUCGCUCGAAGAUUCGGAAAAGAUUGAAACACCGAAAAUGGCGGAAAUUCACGCAGAGAUGCAAACGUCUCCGUUGUCUGUUUUGGACUUUAGCAUGCAAACUAUACCAGAAAGGGAACCUGAAAAAUCGAUUACACAACACUCUGAAAUGCAAACGUCUCCGUUACCAGCUUCAGAUUUUGGCGCUCAGGCUGUUACCGAAGAGCCACCUCAGAUAGAAGAAACGAGCACUCAAACGAUAGAAAUUCCUGAGAAGAGAAUGGAAGAGUAUGCUGUUCAAACUAGUCCGAUCGAAGAUACUACAGAAACCACCGUUCCAAUCGAAACUGUAGAAAUUCAGGUUCAAACCGUAGCAACGGAUGUAGUUUCUAUCGAGGCACAAACGUCGCCAACUGCGCUAUCAAUGGAGAUGGAGACACAAACAGCAGAGAAAAUGGUUGUCGCUGUCGAACAGCAGACCACUCCACCACCAAUUGAAGAGAAGAUUUCAGCUGGAAUAGCUACUCAAACUGUGACUCCUGAAGCACCUAAGACCAUAGAAACAGAAGCACAAACUAGCAAGCCAACAAGUCCAGAAAUAGCUACGUUGGACUUCAAUAUCCAAGCGGAUUUGAUAGAACAUCCUUCUGUCGAGAUAAUGGAAACGCAAACGACCCCAGCAGAGAGUCCGCGGCAGGCAGACACUCAAGAAACUGAAUCACAGACGAUGUUGGCCGAGCCAACUCAAGAAAUCAUGAUACAGACCAGUCCAGUUACAUUUUCCCCUGAAAAAGUCGAAGUUUGCGAACUGUCUUCUCAGACCAGUUUAGAAGAGAAGAAACAAUCGAUGGAUGAACAGUCUCAGACUGUCACACCGGAAAAGGUAAAGACGUUGGACACCUCAGUACAAAUAAAGACGUGCGAAUUGUUGGCACAAGUUGAGGAAAGUGUACAAAUCAUUCCCGAAACUCGCGAAGAUGGCGCGCAAACGAGCGUCGCAGAAGAGAAACCGUUGUUGGUGACGGCUUCACAGCAAACAAAUGAUGUAUUACUAGUACCUCAAGAAGAAAAGGAAGUGGUUAAAGAUGAAGAAGGCAAUGUGAUAGAGGCCACGAUGGACGUGGUAGAUGCAGAGGUAAAGAUGCCUCUAAAACUUACAGAAAUUCCAGUAGCACCUGAUGUACAAGUACAAGAAUAUAAAGAAUACCUGGAUACGAAGAUUGAGGAAGUAACAGAACCAGAAUCUGUUAUGAAAGAAACUAUUCAAGAGGAAUUCAAGGACGAACAGAAUCUUUCUGAAAAGAUAGAGAAAUCAGAAAUUGAGGAAUCGGUGGAACCUUCGAAGGAAGACACCGAAACUACGGAUGCUGAAUUUAAAAUCCGUUUGCAGGCAACCAUAGAAUUCCCGACUAGCGACACUACUACCGAUACUGCGAGUAAAUUCACUGAUAGUUCGCAAGAUACGACUAUUACAGAGGAUUUAAGCUCUGCAGGAAAGAUAGACGACAGCGUUGAAAGGAGGCAGAAACGGAAGAGGAGACACAAGACCAACGAAACGUCCCCAAUGACUAAAAAGGAUCUGGAAUCCAUGUUUGGACAACUUGUAGAAUCGCAAGAUAUGUCUCUAAGAUUGUCUUAUUCCGAUAUUACCAAGAAAAACGUGGAUAAGGAAAAGUCUGCCUCUGGUGAACCUGGUUUCUUCGAAAGAGGCUUUGAUGAAGAUGAUGCUAAAAUUGUCCCGGACGAAAAGGUAGAUGAAGAAAUUAUACAAAGCACAUCAUUGACAAUGAUUGAACCAAUAGCAAUUAAAGACUCGCAAGAUGUAUGGACGUUAGUCAAAGAUGAAGCAGAAGGUCAACAAGCGUCAAUUGUUCCGCACAUGCCUUCACCUGAACCAAUGGACACGACCGAAGAACCAUUUUCUCCUGCAGAAUCAAUAGAAAUUUUGCAGGAAGAUGACCGACCACGAAUCAAAACUUACGCGGAUAUCAUCAGUGAAUCUUCGAAAAAGCCAGAAAGGGAUCAACCUUCGUGGGAAAUGUCGCAUCACGCGAUACCACAGAAGGGCGCAAGUUCGAAAGCUUUCUUGUUAGCUGAAACAACAGAAUAUGAACCUCAACAUCAGAUCACUCAGAGCAAUCAAACGACCAAAGCGAUUUCUGAUCGAAUGCAGAGCCUUCGAAACGCUAAACAACCGAGUCAUCUAGGAAACAUUCUUCAUAUAGCUCAUCUGGAUAAAGUGGCAAAUGAGAAACUAGCUGAAGAACGAGCUGCAGACGUGAGGAAGGAGUUGUCUCACUUGAGGGACGCUGCUCAAGAAAAAGACGCGAUCGCCGUUGAAGAAACUCUGGUUGUCAUUGUAGAUACGAUUUCCACUUGGUUGGAGACCAUCGAAUACAGAAUUUUCUUGAGCAAAGAGUGUCCUACUGGUCCCUCUCACGAUGAUAAAACUUACGUUGAACUGAAGGACGAAGUGGAAAAUGUGGAAGAGAAUAUUCAGGAGCUUAAUAAUAUUUGGAAAUUAGUGGAGACCAGUUAUCCAGGGGAAGACAGGAAAAACUUGCAGGAAUGUUUGAAUGCUCUCAUGACUCAGGUUAAGAUGAUCGAAGACGCGACCGAUGAUGGAGAGAAACAACUUACGAGUGAGCUCGCUAGGUGGGAUGAAUUUGUGAAUGGAGUGAACAAUAUGUACAGAUUAAUCGAAGAACAACGAAAACUGCUGAACGAAAUCAUCGAGCUCGAAGCAUCCACAAAAUGGAAGCUACAAGAGCUGGACAAACUGGAAAAUAUGAACCGGUGUCACAUGUGGAAGACCGCAACAUUACUUACCACUUCACACGAAUUACUACGCGAUUAUCCUGGAAAACAUAUUCCAGAAGAGACCUAUGCAGCUCACGAGAUGACCAAAAUAAUCGAGCAUGGAAUAGGCAUCGAACGUGAACGUCUCCUCCAAUUAUUAGCCUUAGCUGAAGAGUACGAGCAAACUCUUCGAGAAUUCGCUCAGAUCACCGAAAUCGCGGAGAAUCUAUUAGAGAGUCCUAUCUCGGUGAUGAGUUUAGAACAUUUACAAGAAGAGAUGCAGAAGCACAGAAAGUUCUUCGUGAAUCUAAACCAUUGUCGGGCAAUUCUGGAGUCGCUGGAAGGAAAUUUGGACCCAGAAACCAGAACUAAAUAUUCAGAUCUUCACGAAGAAUUGCAUAGCAGAGCUAUAUCGUUGCUAGAUCAGGCUGCAUCUAGAGCUCAGCAAAUGGCUCUGGCUGCGUCUAGGUGGAUUCUUCUGGAACAAGGGGUGAAAGAGGAGAGAGGAUGGCUCCAAGUUGCUCAUCAACGAGUUCCUGAUCUCCAGACUGUGACGUCGUCUGAUUAUGACCAAUACAUCUCCUUAUAUCAGUCUCUGGCAAUGGACGUUGCGACACAUCACGCUCGACUUAUUCAGCUUCUGAACGUGGCACGCAAUCUUCAAGAAUUGGUGAACAUCGAAGAUCCCGAGGAUCGUUAUGGCGAAGCCUUAGACGUUAUCGUGAAGCUUCAGGAUAACGUAGAGUCGUCGUUGAGGAAAUUGUUGGCAUUUAGAGAAAGUUGGUGCAAUCAGGAAGCACUAAUGAACCGUUUGGAGAACUGGAUGACGUCGGUGGAGAAGGAAUUGGUCAGUAUCCGCGAUCCUUCAGGAGGUCAUAUACGCCAAUUCUGGGAAUUGAAGGCGCAAUAUGAGGUGCACAAUAACAUUCGAGAAGAAGCUAAUAAUAGCUUCGAGCAAGCCCUGAGAAUAAUUCCCUUAUCAGACGAGAUGUUGCAAAGGCAGUUCCAUCGUGAGGUUCAAGAUCGUUGGAGCGACGUCUCGCAGAAAAUAAACGACAUUCAAGAGCAAGUAACUCGAAACAUUUCCUCCGAAGACAUUUCGUCCAACGAGAAGCUAAAACUCCUUGAGCGAGAACUAAACGAAUUACGAAUAACCGUCGAUGGUUUUCACGGUGUUCUAAAGACGGAAGAAGAACUAGAUCUAUACAUCGAACGUUUGACAGUCUUAUUCGAUAGAAUCUGCUUGAUCCAAGACGAGCUGGGUCGCCUAGGCUUGCUUCCCGUGGCAGAGAGCGAGAAGGUCGGUGUUCUACUAUCUUCGGCUCGCAGAAUAGAGGGUCAAAUUAGCGAAGAGUUAGACGCAGCACAGUUGCUGAGGGAAAGGCUUCAGGCGAUCCAGCGUGGCCUUAGUCGCGUUAGAAAAGCCCAUCAACGACAAUCGUCUAUAUUGGAUCAAUGCGAGGGAAGCGAACAACAGGGAAGCGAGGUGGUCGCAGCUGCUGUGGAUCGAUGUCAAACUGUCGCGGACGAACUGGCGAUUUUAUGGCAGGAUAUCAUGGGCCUUAGACAAUUAUUACACACUCUACCCACAGUAAUGAGAGUCUCGGUAUCGCCAGUCAGCGUCGAACGAGACAUUUCCAACCUUCAAGACACUCAUACAGACUUAGAAGCCAGAUGUUCGCGAUUGUUAACGUUGUUGAAGAACAGGCUCGCUUUAUGGAGAAGAUUUGAGAAACAGUUGGAGAUGGUACAGCAAUCGGUUCAAGAGGCUGACUACAUGAUGGAACUGUUAACCGUGCAAGGAUCUGUCGAUUAUGAAAGACUACUGAAAGCUACCGAAAGGCUAGAGGGUCUGAGCGGUGAUUUGGGCGCACGAGAAGUUCUCAUUGGCGAAUUGCGAGAGGCUGCCGAACCUCUGCGGGAGGGUUGCGCUGCAGAGGUCCGAGAGAAGGUCGAAGCAGCGAUUGUGGCAGCAGUACAAAGACUCGAGUGCCGCUGUUAA